AUGCCAAUGGCGACCACCCACGGGUUAGAAAGCCAGGUCCCCGGUCUGGAUAUACGUCGGACCGAUCUCCCUACUGGUCCCAACGUCGUCGUGCCUCCGAAGGACUUAAUACCUCCUACCGACCCUGAAAUAUCAGCCAUCGAAAGGGAAAUGACCAAACAACAACCGCAAAAGAAAGUGUCUUCGGGCGAGAACCCCGUUGCAAAUGCUGAGCCCAUCGAGAAGCGGCCUGUCGCUACGGCGGACCAGUUUGCGUUUGCGUUCGACAUCGAUGGCGUCCUCAUGAGAGGCGGGAAACCGAUCCCCGAGGCUGUCGGCGCUUUGAAGUACAUCAAUGGAGAGAAUCCUUAUGGGGUGAAAGUUCCCUAUAUCUUCUUAACAAAUGGUGGUGGCAAGACCGAGGAAGAACGAUGUUUAGACCUCAGUCGUCAACUCGAAAUCGAGGUGUCCACCGGCCAGUUCAUCUGCGGCCACACCCCCAUGCGAGAAAUGACUGAGAGAUACAACACCGUGCUCGUGGUCGGUGGCGAAGGCGAGAAAUGCCGCGUCGUGGCCGAGGGUUACGGAUUCAAGGACGUGAUCACCCCCGGCGACAUCAUCAAAACCCGCCAGGACACCACCCCGUUCCGGAAAUUGACCGACGACGAGUUCGAGAACUCCCGGGCCCGCGAUCUCUCCAACACCAAAAUCGACGCCAUCUUCGUGUUCGCCGACAGCCGCGACUGGGCCGGCGACCAGCAGAUUAUCCUGGACGUGAUCAUGACCAAGAACGGUCACCUGGGCACCCGGUCUGAGACCCACGAGGAGGGACCUCCCGUGUUCUUCUCCCACACCGACGUUGUCUGGUCUACGUCCCACGAGCACUGCCGGCUCGGCAUGGGUGCGCUCCGUGCCUCCCUGGAAACCCUCUACAAAACGAUCACCGGCAAGGACCUCGCGACGACUGCCUUCGGCAAGCCCCAGCUGGGUACUUUCCAGUUUGCCACCAAGCUCCUGCAGCAGUGGCGCCAGGAGAUCCACGGGAUCAACAAACCCCCUGGAACGGUUUAUUUCAUUGGUGACACGCCUGAGUCCGACGUCCGCGGUACCAACGAGUUCGACCGUAUCAGCGACGCCACCUGGUACUCGAUUCUGGUCAAGACCGGCGUUUACCAGGAGGGCAUGGAGCCGCGGUAUCCGCCCAAGCAGGUCACCGACGACGUUCUGGGGGCUGUGAAGUUCGCCAUGGACCGCGAGUUCAAGAAGAACCCGAAAGAAUUCGAGGGCGAGAAAACUGAGGAGGCGGGUGCCAUCUACAAUUGA